GUGUGUGUUUCUAUCAGGGUGGAUCAAUGCAGGAGCCUGAGUUCCACACACACACACUCGCUCUGUCCGCGCAUCUGCAGCGUCGCGUCGCUCCGUCUCUCUCUCGCUCGCGGCUGACGCGGGCCGCUCCUGGAUAUGUUCAUGUUAUAGUCCGGAAAGCCGCCGCCGCAUCGUAGGUCGAAGGCCAGGAGACAUGCCGGUGUGACGGGCAUCGGAUAUCCGUAUCUUCCGCGCUAUCUUCGCUGUACCGAGCGCCGGCGCUGGAGCGAGCGGCCUGUAAACACAAGAUGUCGACCCGAACGCCAUUGCCCACCGUUAACGAGCGCGACGCGGAGAAUCACACGUCUGUCGAUGGCUACACGGACACACCAGCACCACCCACGAAAUCAGCGAGUCGACAGAGUCUCCCGCGCUGCCGCAACUCAGUGGCGUCCAUCACAGACGAACAGCCUCACGUCGGGAACUACAGACUUCUCAAAACCAUCGGCAAAGGGAACUUUGCUAAAGUCAAACUUGCCCGCCAUGUUUUAACAGGAAGAGAGGUAGCGGUGAAGAUCAUUGAUAAAACACAGCUCAACCCCACAAGUCUACAAAAGCUCUUUCGUGAAGUGAGGAUUAUGAAGGUCUUAAAUCAUCCUAAUAUAGUUAAGUUAUUUGAAGUAAUUGAAACAGAGAAGACACUUUAUUUAAUAAUGGAGUAUGCAAGUGGAGGUGAAGUGUUUGACUACUUAGUCGCUCAUGGGAGGAUGAAGGAAAAGGAAGCCAGAGCAAAGUUUCGACAGAUUGUGUCUGCAGUGCAAUAUUGCCAUCAGAAGAGAAUAGUCCACAGGGAUCUCAAGGCUGAAAACCUGCUGCUAGACGCGGACAUGAAUAUAAAGAUAGCGGACUUUGGCUUCAGUAACGAGUUCACCAUCGGGAGUAAGCUGGACACGUUCUGUGGCAGUCCUCCGUACGCGGCUCCCGAGCUCUUCCAGGGGAAGAAGUACGACGGGCCAGAGGUGGACGUCUGGAGUCUGGGGGUCAUCCUCUACACGCUUGUCAGUGGCUCACUUCCCUUUGACGGACAGAAUUUGAAGGAGCUGCGAGAGAGAGUUUUGCGAGGGAAGUAUCGUAUACCGUUCUACAUGUCCACAGACUGUGAAAACCUUCUGAAGAAACUGUUGGUGCUAAAUCCAGGCAAACGUGGAAGUCUAGAGCAAAUCAUGAAGGACCGCUGGAUGAAUGUAGGCCACGAGGAAGAGGAACUGAAGCCCUAUACAGAACCUGAGCCAGACUUCAGCGACACCAAACGGAUAGAGCUGAUGAUCACUAUGGGUUUCCCUAAAGAUGAGAUCACAGAGGCCUUAGUAGGGCAGAAGUAUGAUGAGGUCAUGGCCACGUAUCUUCUGCUGGGCAGGAAACCUCCAGAGUUUGAAGGAAGCGAUUCGCUGUCCACCACAAACCUGUGUCAAAGGUCACGACCCAGCAGCGACCUGAACAACAGCUCUACGCAGUCACCCGCACACUCCAAAGUCCAGCGCAGUAUCUCGGCCACGCAGAAACAGCGGCGAUUCAGCGACCACGCCCAGUACGUGUGUGAGAGAUCCAGUACAGACCGGUACUCAGCCGUACCCAACGGCAAAGACAGCAGUCUGACGGAGAUGUCGGCCUCGGCGAGUGCAUCUUCCUCGGUGUCUCCAGGAGCGUCCACUCGGCCACGGCAUGUGAAGUCCAUGUCCGCCUCAGGCCACCCCACCAAGUCUCCGCUGCCGCCCAUCGAGGACGACGCUGAAUUCAAGGGCUCUGGCUCCAGGGCUCCGUCCACGUCUCCGUCAGCUCACAGCAUCAGCAGCAUGACUCCGGAUCGGACCCGCUUUCCCCGGGGUACCUCCAGCCGCAGCACCUUCCACGGGGCGCAGCUCAGAGACCGCCGCAGCGCCACAUACAACGGCCCUCCCGCAUCGCCCUCGCUGUCCCACGACACGGGCACUCUCGCCCAGGCCCGCAGGGGAACCUCGUCCGGAUUCAUCAGCAAGCUCACCUCCAAGUUUGUGCGGAGGAGCGGAUCCGGAGAACCCAAGGAGGAAGGCCGUGACUCGAAGCCCAGAUCGCUGCGCUUCACCUGGAGCAUGAAGACCACCUCGUCCAUGGAGCCGGGAGACAUGAUGAGAGAAAUCCGCAAGGUGCUGGAUGCCAACAACUGCGACUACGAGCAGCGCGAGCGCUUCUUGCUCUUCUGCGUGCACGGCGACGCGCGGCAGGACAGUCUCGUCCAGUGGGAGAUGGAGGUGUGCAAACUGCCCCGUCUGUCUCUCAACGGCGUGCGCUUCAAACGCAUAUCGGGGACGUCCAUCGCCUUCAAGAACAUCGCUUCCAAAAUUGCCAAUGAGCUCAAGCUGUAA